UGAGGAUCAGGGCCCUGAGUGGUGGAGGAAUCUGGAUCUUUAGAGAUAUUUAAGCUUGGACUGGACAAGGCCCUGCACAGCCUGCUCUAAUUUGACUCAGUUUUGGGUGCAGAGUUGGACCGAGGCUUGCAGAGAUCUGUUCGAGCCUAUAUGAUUCAAUGGUUCUGGCAAACCAAAAGUGUGUCCAUAUGGUUGAUAUUCUGUGUCUGUACAGGGUGUCAUAUUAAACUCCGUACUUGCAUGAUGUCUCAUUCAGACUCUUACUUCUGCGGUUGUCAGAAGUAGCUUUGCAGAAUUUGGUGCUUGUCCGCUAAUAAAAUGGGCAGUAGAACAUAAAGACCCCCAAACUUGGAAAAACUGCUUUUGAAUAACUUCAGAAGCAGCAGUAUGGGCAGGCUGCUGAAGCCAACAAUUUCAGCUGUGUCUGCAGUCUGUCAGUACACGAACCAGCACUUCUUAAUGACAACUCAGUAACUUUUCCACUGCCACUGUGAUUUUGAGAUUGAAAAAUCCUGCUGGCUCACCUACAUUUAAGGUGGGGUUUGUACCGGUAUAGUUAAAUCAGGCACGAUAAUGAGUAUCUGUUUUGCUUGCUUCCUCUCCUUACAUGUUUUUCUUUGUUCCAGUGAAAUAUUUUAGCAUACCCUGCAGGCUCAUAAUGUAGUCGGGAAAUGUUGUUUGUGCAGGUAUGUUUUCAUUUGCAGCAGCAAAAUAAUAACUUACUGCCUUUGUUUCUGCGUCUCGUGGAGCUUGUAGCCUCAGGUGGGAGUAUGAGCGAGUUCCGCAUUCACCAUGAUGUCAAUGAGUUGCUCAGCCUGCUGCGCGUUCACGGUGGGGAAGGAGCUGAAGUCUACAUCGAUCUACUGCAAAAGAAUCGAACACCUUACGUUACCACGACCGUCUCUGCACACAGCGCAAAGGUAAAAAUAGCAGAGUUUUCUCGAACUCCUGAAGAUUUUUUGAAGAAGUAUGAUGAGCUGAAGUCUAAAAAUACAAGACAUCUAGAUUCUUUAGUUUAUCUACUGUCAAAACUCACAGAAGACAAAGAGACACUCCAGUAUUUGCAACAAAAUGCUAAAGAAAGGGCAGAACUUGCAGCAAAUGCAGCAACCAGUGUCAGCACCAAUUUUUCCAUUCCCUCAUCUACUUCCAAGAUAUCUCUGCAGGAGCUCGAGGAGCUACGCAAGCAGCUGGGCAGUGUCACAGCUAACUCCAGUGUACAGCAGGUACUGUCUCUUCCCAAGCUUUGGGCACAAAGUCUUUCCCUUCUGCUCAUGUGUAUAGUUGUGUUCUUAAGUUUUAUCAUCUAG